AUGUUUCUGUCACCAAAACACAUUCAGGCCAGAUCAGCGGCUCCAUUGCAUACCAGCCAUUCAGAUCUGGCACCUGUGGAAACACAGGCUGCACUUUCUGUGGCAGAAGUGUUACACGGUGAAAACACUCCGUUUUUCAUCAAUCUGAGCUAUCUGAGUGAGCCGCGAAAAUCUGAGCCUCAAGACGACUCUGACGAGGAAAAAUGUCGGAGUGAACCCAAGAAAAUUGGAUCUAUUCAUUGGGGUCCACCUGAGACCGUGCCAAUCCUGGAGGAAGAUAUUGGGGUGAUCUUCUCAAGGUUGCAAAUGACUUUUUGCUUCCAACACGACAAUAUGAAAAAUAUGAUGUCAUACUUUUUGACUUUGCUUGAGUCACGGGCUUCCAGAUCUGGGCCUUAUAUGGCGCUUCGAACACUCCAUGCUGACUACAUUGGUGGGCCCCGAUCAAACUUCCGUAAAUGGUACUUCGCUGCUGAAAUGGACGUGGACGAUUUGCCACGCAAGUAUGAGAAGAAACACAAGAGAAAAGCUUCUCAGGUAACUGAAAGCCUUCUCUUUGCUCAAAAGCAAUGGCAGAUGAAGAUGGCUCGUUUAAGUCCCGAAGAGCAGGUCACUCAUGUGGCUUUAUACCUAUUAAUUUGGGGUGAGGCAAAUAAUAUCAGGUUCAUGCCCGAGUGCCUUUGUUUUCUUUUCAAGUGCUGCAUUGACUAUUACAGUACUCUAACAGACUAUGGUGACUUUCAAAAGUAUACGCAUGGAUUUCUCGAUCAUGCCAUCACCCCACUUUACAUGUGCUUGAGACAGCAACUAUAUGAAGAGAAGAGUGCAAAGUUGGAAAAAGUUGAUAAAGACCAUGACUUGAUUGUUGGCUAUGAUGACAUGAAUCAAACCUUCUGGCACCGAACUAGCUUGCAACGUAUCAUGUUGUCUGAUCAUACCUCCAUUAUGGACUUGCAGAAAGAAGAGCGGUUCAAAGCACUCGCGGAAGUUGAUUGGCUGAAGGCCUUUUGUAAGACAUACCGUGAGACCAGGACAUGGAUGCAUAUCGUGGUCAAUUUCAACAGAGUCAUUAUCAUACACCUGUCAGUCUUCUGGUAUUAUACUAUCAUUCAUUCAUACCCCCUAUACACACCCGGCUAUGAGAUAUCUUACAACAAUCGGCCCACUACGCAAACGAGAUUGUCAAUCAUGUCUUUAGCAGGGGCGUUGCUGGUGUCAAUCAGUCUUUUUGCAUUAAUCUUGGAAUUUCGAUUUCUGCCUAGGCGUUGGGAGGGUUCACACCCAAUUUCAAAGCGCUUCUGGUGUCUUUCAAUUUUACUAUUCUUGAACACCGCCCCCACAAUUAUUGUCCAUGCCCUCGAUUAUCAAGAUUUCGGUAACUCAACUGGAAUUUCUAUUGCAACAUGUCAUUUUGUGUUCUCGAUAUUCACAGUUUUAUAUCUCUCAAUUGUGCCUCCGAUUAGGACUUUUGGUUGCAAAUUAAAGGGCAGAGCACAACUUGCAUCCGAGAGCUUUACUUCGAAUUUUCAUAUACUAAAUGGGGAAGACAAAACAGCAUCUAUUGGGCUUUGGGUUAUGGUAUUUUCCUCAAAAUUUCUAGAGUCAUACCUCUUUUUGACUCUUCCCAUGAGGCAUCCCGUCCGAGAAUUGAGUGUAAUGAAAACAAACUGUCUCGGGGAUAUGUGGUUGGGGCAAAUUGCUUGCCGGUAUCAGCCGAAGAUCGUCCUUCUACUCAUCUUUGUCUUAGAGUUUAUCUUGUUUUUUCUCGAUACGUAUCUUUGGUAUGUUGUUUGGACCGCUGUAUUUUCAGUUGCUAGAUGUUACUAUCUUGGGUCUAGCAUUUGGACACCUUGGAACAACAUAUAUUCCAGACUUCCGAAGAGAAUAUAUUCAAAAUUGCUCGUCACCACUGGAAUAAAGACAUCAGAUGAAACUUAUAUGGUUUCCAAAAUUUGGAAUGCGAUUGUUGUUUCCAUGUACCGAGAGCAUUACAUUUCAAUCGAGCAAGUUCAAAAGCUCAUAUACCACCAGAUUCUGGAAAGGGGAACUUCCACGAUCAUAAAUGAGCCUAGCUUUUUUGUUUCUCAAGAAGACGAGUCACUAAGACUUAAAAUUUUUUCGGAGAGCACUGAAGCUCAACGAAGAAUAUCUUUCUUCGCUCAGUCGUUAACAUCAUCAAUUCCAGAGGCCCGCGAGAUUCAAAGUAUGCCAAGUUUCACAGUUUUUAUCCCGCAUUACAGUGAGAAGAUUAUACUUCUGUUGAAGGAAAUUAUUAGAGAAGAAGACAAGUAUGCACAAGUUACUCUUCUUGAGUAUUUGAAACAGCUUUACUCACUGGAAUGGGUAAAUUUUGUCCGCGACACAAAGUUGAUGGCAGAAGAAUAUGAAUGCAAGGGAAGUCAAGUGAGCACAGCAAGAGACAACAAAGAAGAUAAUGCAUAUGACUUGAUUGGUUUUCGAGAAGCUACUCCCACAUUUACUAUGCGAACAAGAAUAUGGGCUUCUCUAAGGUCUCAAACACUUUAUCGAACAGUAUUUGGUUUUAUGAACUACUCCAAGUCAAUAAAAAUGCUUUUAGACUUGGAGACGGAAGAAGACAUCGAGUACAAAGGGAUUGAUAAUGAGAGGCUACAGGAAAUUCAAAACUUGACACUUCGAAAGUUUUUCAUCACUGUGUCAAUGCAAAGGUUCAAGGAUUUCACUGAGGAAGAACAUGAGAGUGCAGAAGUAUUGCUAAGGGCAUACCCAGAGCUUCAAAUAGCAUACAUUGAAGAAGAGGCGAGCCCAAUUGAUGGAUCACUCACUUUUUACUCGUGUCUAAUUGAUGGCUCAUGCCCCAAAAAUGCGUUUGACAGGCGCAUCCCAAAGUACCGUAUCCGUAUUUCAGGAUACCCAAUUUUGGGAGACGGGAAAUCCGACAACCAGAAUCAUUCUGUAAUUUUCACACGAGGGGAGUACAUUCAACUCGUAGAUGCAAACCAGGACAACUAUAUUGAGGAGUGUUUGAAGAUUCGCAACAUCUUGGCAGAAUUUGAAGAGCAAAAUCUCAUUGAUCCAUACUCUAGCGAGUACGAGAAAAUGGAAAUCCCGGAUCCCGUCGCCAUCAUCGGCACAAGAGAAUACAUAUUUUCCGAAAACACAGGCAUUUUGGGCGAUAUUGCGGCAGGUAAAGAGCAGACAUUCGGCACAUUAUUUGCAAGAACGCUUGCUCAAAUUGGCGGAAAGCUCCAUUAUGGACACCCAGAUUUCCUCAAUGGAAUUUUCAUGACAACCAGAGGCGGGGUAUCUAAAGCUCAACGAGGUCUUCAUUUGAAUGAGGACAUAUACGCGGGAAUGACAGCUGUCGCGCGGGGUGGAAGAAUUAAGCAUUGUGAAUACAUGCAAUGUGGGAAAGGAAGAGAUCUUGGGUUUACAUCUAUCUUGAAUUUCAUUACCAAAAUUGGAACCGGCAUGGGCGAACAGAAUCUAUCACGGGAAUAUUUUUACUUGGGAACGCAACUCCCACUUGACAGGAUGCUCUCGUUCUACUACGCUCAUGUCGGAUUUCAUCUCAACAACUUUUUGAUCAUCCUUUCCAUUCAGAUUUUUCUUUUGAUAGGCAUCAACCUCGCUUCCUUGACAAGCGAGUCCAUGGUAUGUAAGUACCAUGAGUCUCGUCCCAUCACGGAUCCGAGGGAACCGGAGUUUUGUGCAAAUCUUAUUCCGGUAAUAGGAUGGCUUGAAAGGUGUAUCCUCUCAAUUUUCUUGGUUUUUUUUAUGUCUAUGCUACCAUUGACGGUCUAUGAGCUUUCUGAAAGAGGGGUCUACAAAUCCAUAACGAGAAUUGGAAAGCAUAUGUUUUCAAUGUCGCCAUUGUUUGAAAUUUUCGUGUGCAAAAUUUAUUCUCAAUCUUUGGUGAGGGAUAUUACAAUUGGCGGUGCCCAGUACAUUGCCACUGGGAGAGGAUUUGCCACCAGGAGAGAGGCGUUUUCUGAUCUUUACACUCGUUUCGGGAAUGAAUCCCUUACAUUUGGUGCAUUUUUAUUUUUGUUGGUCGUAUAUUUUUCGACAAGCAUGUGGAAACCUGUUUUUGCCUUUUUCUGGAUUGUUGUUCUUGGACUUAUCAUCAGCCCAUUUAUCUUCAAUCCAAACCAGUUUGUGUGGAACGAGUUCUUUGCCGAUUAUUUGCAAUUUUUUAAAUGGCUUCAUUCAGGGAAUAGUGAAGUCUGCAAAAGCUCAUGGGCUACUUACACCAAAAUUGGUCGGAGCAGGUAUACGGGAGUAAAAGUCAAUUAUGGAAAAGAAGAAGAGGGUCUUAUGAACCAGGUAAGACCAUCCCGGUUCAAUAUCAUUACGACAGUAAUAUUUCCUCAAAGCAUGGUUCUUUUUUUUAUCCUGACGGCCUAUUUUUUUUCAAAUUCCCAGAAUGAAUCAUCAUUGGAGACGCCAUCAUACAUCCUUGCAAGGGUUCUAUUUGUGGCAAUGCUACCCAUUGGAGUUAACAUGGUGAUCAUGAUUUUUGUGUUUAUCACGUCCCUAUGCUUCGGGUCCAUCAUAAGCUCAUUCAUGUCACAAUAUCCCUCUUUUGUUGCUGCGAUAAUACACACAUUAUCAAUUGCAGCACAUUUAUUCUCCGUGUUGCUUCUUUUCGUCCUUCAAAACUUCGAUGUUGAGCAGACAGUACUUGGGUUUUGCUUGGUAACCAUGGUUCAAAAAGUGACAUUUCAAGUCACAAACACGCUUUUCAUGAGUCGCGAGGUAUUGGACAGUCGAUCCAACAGAGCAUGGUGGUCAGGGAAAUGGUUGAGCGCAGGGUUAGGAUGGCGGACAUUAUCGCAGCCGUUCAGAGAAUACAUCUGCAAAGUGUCUGAGCAGUCAUACUUUGCAGCUGACUUCAUGGUAUCACACAUGAUAUUUUACGCCCAACUCCCAGCGAUAGUAAUUCCACUUUCGAACACGUUUCAUUCGAUGAUGUUGAUGUGGCUCAAACCUGGGAGCCAACUCAGACUGCAAUUUUAUUCAAAGAAGGAGAAAAAGCGACGAAUAAUGGCAAUUUACUGGUCGACACUAACAUUUUUCUCUGUCGCUGCAAUUUUGACCGCAUUAAUAGUGGUACCUGUUUUGUGUGUUAUGAACAACUGGUUCAACAUCGAGGACUAUUAUCCACAAUUUUUUAUUGAUAUGAUGCAACCAGAUCCAUUCAAGUUGGUUCCCACUGGAUUACGUAAGGACCUCUCUUUGGGGUCUUAAGGCGCCGAUCAUCGAGACAGGAGAAGAUGCUUAAUUAGGUCGAGAUUGGUAGGGGAAAAUGUACUCACCACUAAAAGAAGAUUAUCAAGUAAACUUUCGUCACACAUAGUUAGCGUAAGAGAAAAUCUGUUGAAUUUUGACAUGAGUUGAAGUUUGUCGACAAUAGACCGUGUUACA